ACUGAGCUUGCUACACGCGUUAAAGUGAAACGAAAUUAAACAAACAAGUGAUUUUUUAAAUAAUAAUCAGUGAUAUUAGUAACAAAUAAUAGUACCUAUAUAAGUUAAUUAAAGUUUAUGUUCAAAUGUGUUAACGUGAGAAAAAGUUUUAAGAAUUGUUUAUAUGUACUUAAAUUGAAUUUUAAAAUCUACUAAAGUGAAAUAUAUAUAAGAUGGAUCCACCAGCACCAGAGGUGUCCUCGACCACAGAGAAUGAUGAAGAACAGUAUCCUGAAGGAGUCAGAGUUGUACUUUUGAAUCUCCCGGAAGAUGAAGGCGAAGGGCUGGGCUUCCGACUCACAAGGACGCUGUGGGAUCCAUAUCCUUGGGUACGGGAAGUCACACCAAAUGGAAGAGCUGAUGAAGCUGGACUCAAACCAGGAGACUGUCUCCUGCAGGCUGAUGGGAAAGACCUUUUGGGCGGACCUGUGAGUCAGGUCGCCGGCCUGAUCAGAGGCGACGGCGAGGGUGGAGGAGUCUCUCUCAUCGUGUGGAACUGUGGUGUGGAUCCUAAGGAUGACCCUGAGUUACUAUGGAGUUGUGGCGGCGGGGUCCGCGGCGAGAAGUCUCGUCGUGCGCUGUCGGGCGUGGUGCGCGCGCUCGCGUGCUCCGUGUGCGCGUCCACUGCCACCAAGCCACUCUCCUGCGCGCGCUCCCAUGUCUACUGCGAACCUUGCUGGGUGAGACUGGAGCGCUGUGCGUUGUGCAGGGAAGCUCUACCAUCCAAGAACUCGCCUUACGCAAGGAACUUAGUCGCAGAACAGGUAUUCGAAGCAAUAGCAGCAGAAUACGAGUUGAAAAAUCCGAAACUAAAGCGGCCCACACAAACUUCCUCAGCCUACACCUCACCCAACCGUUCGCGAAACACAUCACCUCGCCGCGGCCAAUACCAACACUCAAUGAUGAAUAAAUACAAGAAAACCGUUCAUUUCACAGAAAAAUUCGGCCAAACAUACGCUUCAGAUCCAAAUAUACACAGAUCUGUGAAUCGUAAUCCUACCAAUCCUACCAAUUCUUCUGAACCUGGCAACUCUGGGUACAAAUGUCAAUGUCAAAGUGACAGUGACGUGCCGAAGAUUAGUGUUGCCAGUGCGGACGGGAGUAAGUGUGUUGGGAGUGAUUGUUCGAGCUCCUCUCAAAGUUUGAGUAUUCCUCAUAAGUUGGUAGCGAGGUUAAGGCAGGCUUGCUCGCUCGCUGACUUGAAUAAUGUGGUGGGGCAAUGUUCUAUGUCACAGUCGUUGAAUAAUUUGGGUGAUCAGUGCAAAAACUGCCAUCACGGGUCUUUGGAUAACUUGAAAAAUCAUUGCAGUAACAUUUGUGAUGCACCUGUGCUGUUGGUACCGGCACCACCGAUCUAUGUGCUAACAUGUGAACAUUCCAGUAAGGAGUAAACUAGAAAGACUUGGAGGCGUAGGCAGAGGUGCACAUAAUAUAUAAGGUGUUCUAAAAGUAUCUGCCACGGCUUUAAUGGGAGGUAGUGUUGUGUUUGAACAUUACAAUAGUGAAGAAAUUUCGUACCCCGGACCAGUUAACUCAAUUUGAGAACAUAAAGAAGUUAAAUAAACAUUGACUCUACUCUGUAUAAAGUGGUUCACAAAUACGCACGAUGCGAUAGAGACAGUGAAAGAGAUAGCUCUUUCAUAAUCAACUUACAAGUAG